AUGUCCAAGCCAGUCAGGCCCAGCAAGAGCUGGCAAAAAGUGUCCAAGAGCUGGCAAAGAGUGUCCGAGAGCUGGCAAAAAGUGUCCGAGAGCUGGCAAAAAGUGUCCGAGAGCUCACAAAAAGGGUCCGAAAGCUGGCAAAAAGUGUCCGAGAGCUCACAAAAAGGGUCCGAAAGCUGGCAAAAAGUGUCCGAGAGCUCACAAAAAGGGUCCGAAAGCUGGCAAAAAGUGUCCGAGAGCUCACAAAAAGGGUCCGAAAGCUGGCAAAAAGUGUCCGAGAGCUCACAAAAAGGGUCCGAAAGCUGGCAAAAAGUGUCCGAGAGCUCACAAAAAGUGUCCGAGCCAGCCCGGGCACACCCUAGUCAUGACCUGCGAUUCAUCAACCCAAUAUUAA